AGGGAAGGGCUUGUGUGGCCGGGGAGCCGGCGGUGAGGUUGCUGCCAGCCCGGAUCUUCCAGAGGCGCGGGCGUGCUCGCCGCUUCCUACGGAAGGUCGCCGCGAUGCCGUUGCAGUUUGAGCUCUGCCCCGGCCGACCCAUCGGUGGGGACCACCCGUGCUUUAUUAUUGCCGAGAUUGGCCAGAAUCAUCAGGGAGACCUCGGGAUCGCCAAGCAGAUGAUCCGAGUGGCCAAGGAAUGUGGAGCAGAUUGUGCCAAGUUCCAGAAGAGUGAACUGGAGUACAAAUUCAAUAGGAGAGCACUGGAGAGGCCGUACACCUCCAAACACUCUUGGGGGAAAACCUACGGAGAGCACAAGCGCCACCUGGAGCUCAGCCAUGACCAGUACCGAGAGCUGCAGCGGUACGCGAAGGAGAUUGGCAUUUUCUUCACAGCGUCAGGCAUGGAUGAGAUGGCUGUAGAGUUUCUGCAUGAACUGGAUGUUCCAUUUUUUAAAGUAGGAUCAGGAGACACCAACAAUUUCCCUUAUUUGGAAAAGACAGCCAAAAAAGGUCGCCCAAUGGUGAUAUCCAGCGGGAUGCAGUCGAUGAGCACAAUGCAGCAAGUUUACAAGUUGGUGAAGCCCAUCAACCCGAACUUUUGCUUCCUCCAGUGCACCAGUGCGUACCCCCUUCAGCCUGAAGAUGUCAACCUUCGAGUCAUAACGGAGUAUCGCUCUGUCUUCCCAGAUAUUCCUGUUGGCUAUUCCGGUCAUGAAACCGGCAUAGCCAUUUCUGUUGCCGCCGUCGCUAUGGGUGCGAAGGUCCUGGAACGCCACAUCACGCUGGACAAGACCUGGAAGGGGAAUGAUCAUCAGGCAUCCCUGGAGCCAAAAGAGCUGGCAGAGCUGGUAAGGAGCAUCCGGCUGGUGGAGGCAGCCAUGGGCUCUCCCGUCAAGCAGCUCUUGCCCUGUGAAGUGGCUUGCAGUGAAAAGCUGGGAAAGUCCAUUGUCGCCAAAGUCCGGAUCCCCGCAGGGAGCACUCUUACACUGGACAUGCUCACAGUCAAGGUGGGUGAACCCAAAGGAUGCGCACCUGAAGACAUCUUUGACUUGGUCGGUAAGAAGGUCAAGGUGACAAUUGAAGAAGAUGACACUGUGGUGGAAGAGGCCAUCGAAAACCAUGGGAAAAAGGUGAAAUGCUGACUGAGAAUGUGUUUGCAAUGGGAGGCGGACUCAGGAAGCGCGGUGGCAAUGUGUUGAAAUGAUCAUUUUAAGUUCGGGCGAGGGCAGACUUCCGUGGGAUUUUUCUUUCGCGUGGGCAGCGAAGCCAGCAGGGCACGUUGUGUCUGUCUGAACAAGGGGCUUUCAUCAAAGUGGGGCAGCCAAGCUUUUCUUGAAGGGUGCUCAAAUCUUUUGUGUUGCUGAAAACCUCCCAAUCCGGCAUGGCACACUUAGCUUUCCAGGAGGACGACUUGAAAAAGCAUUGUGGAGCUUUGGAAAAUAGGCAGGACGAGUGCUGGCGGCAGCAGGCUCUAAGCACUGCGUGACGCAUUCCAGCUUUGUCUUCCAUCCGGUGUGACUGUUGUCGUGUUGAGAACCCAGGCCAAGCAUGGAAGAGGAGCUGCGCCGGUUCAAACUAAGGGUCCGUCUAGACCAUCACUCUGUCCACACAGCCGGCCAGCCGCCCGCAGGGAACCGGCAAGCAGGACAUGAGUGCAGCAGCACCCUCCUGCCCAUGUUCCCCAGCAUGCUGCCUCUGGUUACCGGCAGUAGCAUAUGGCCUUUGGGAUGAGAAGCGGCUGACAGUCUCACUCUCCAUGAAUGCAUCUGUUCCUCUUUCAAAGCCAUUCACGUUGGCAGCAUCACUACUGCAUCUUGUGGCAGUGAAUUCCGUAGUUUAACUGUGCCCUGGGUGAAGGAGGCCUUCCUUUUACUGGUGUUGAGUCUCCCAUUCCAGCUUGGUGCAGUAAUUCUUUUUGAGCCUUAGGGUGAUGCAUGCCUCGAGUUUAAGCUGUUCAAACUUGGGGAGGUGCUGUAGGAAUUUGGGGGCAGCCUUGCAGUAAUCUAGAAGCUGGAGGAGGGCCCGUACAAAGGUACAGAGAAUGAAUUCUUGUAUCCAGUCAUGCGCUGCCAUUCUGCUCGCUGGACCUUUAGCGGACACCACCUACACAUCUUUAAAUCCGUCUCCACAAGGGCUAGAAGUGUAGCCUUCUGAGAAAGAAAAUUACACCUGCAGACAAGCAUAAUUACUUAAAGUAAUCCCACUUUGCUCAGUGGAUUUACCACUGGGCAGACAUGCUUAGGGUCGGAAUACAAAUUAUAACGGUUUCACAUUUUGUCAUUUUUCUGCAUUGCCAAACAGUGGAUGAUGACCAUCCAGAUUUCUUGUAAGCACCUCGGGUUUUAGGCCAUCCAUUGCUUUAAUGAUUGUUUAGACACUCCUACCUUGAUGACGAAGAAUGUUCCGCAUGUGGUCACUUGUGAUUCCUGUGCUUUAAAGUCAGCUCUAAACUACAAUCAAUCUUGUGUGGCAUCACCCCUGAGCCCGUGAUGCCUGCGCAUCAGGCAUUCCUUUGGCGUGAGCCAUGCACAGAUGGCCCCAGCGUCCGUCUGGCUGCCUUGCGAUAACCUGCUUCAUAAAAUCGGAGAGUACGGCUUGCCCCCAGGUGCUUUGGACUCUCUGCAGUCCCAGGGUGUGUGUGCCCCAGGAGCAGGGAGGCACGGUGAGUUGCAACGAUUCGGAUCCCUCGGGGGGAUCAAAUCUCUUAACCCCACGGCUGCACAGGACUCAUGAGUCAUGACCCUGCCAUUUUGUUAAUGCUUGUCUUAAUGUUGCAAAAUAAUGACUGGUGGAGGGGGGAGUAAAUUGAAAUAAAUAAAGUUUUGUCAGAGAA